AUGGGGUAUUCCAUGGACUGGUUUCAUUACGUGCUCGUUUCCGUCAACCUGUGCCUCCUCGUACUCGUUAUAGCCGAAUCGCUAUCGCCACGGGUCGCCAAUUCCGAUGCGGGAGCGGAAUUGGCGGCAGCAGGGGGAGCGAGCGGAAGGUUACGCGGCGAAUGGAGCCCACUUUUUACCAUGCAGCUGCGAAAGUCGCUGCUUGUCGCCCACGCUUCAGACGAACCUGGAGAUUUUGCCGUGAGCCCAUUUAAUGACGCCGUGCUCCAAAGCAGUGCACCCGCCACGAUUGACGCUACCGCCGCUGGCGUCUCCGAUGGCAGCGUAGCGCCGCUGAGGCGACGACGAGUAUGCUGGACGUCGUCAGGAGACUAUUCAUCCCCGUCCCCCUCGGGAGUGGUGAUCCACGGCCCAGGUUGUGCCACGUGUCUGCGCGGGCAGCGCUGCUCCUUCCGCGUGUCCGUGCGCGCGCCCGCGCGCUGGGCGCACGUGCUGGAGGCGGACAAGGAGAGCUGGUGGAAGCGCGACUUAGCUCUCACUUUAAGAGGCGUCGCGCUAGCCCACGGGGACAUUAGGUGUCUAGACCCUCCGCACUGCACGGAAUUUAGAGUCUCGUACCGCGUGUGGGACCUCGGAAAUUACUGGGCGACGCUGCACGUGGGGUGCGCCAAUCUCAACUUCUCCGCCUCCUUCGCGCACCACUUCAACCGCACGCACCAGCACAGCCUCGCCUCCUGGCCAAUCACAAUCACGCCUCGUGGCGAAGCCCUAGCCAGAAGCAGCACAGCCGACAGCAGCAACGGCGUUGGCAGCAGCAGCUCAGCGGACAGCAGCAGACGUAUCACCGCCACAGCCGUCGCUUAUACAGAAGCAGCAGGCGGGGAAAAGGGGGGGACGGGACCCAGGGAAGGGGGAGGGUUUGAAGAGGGGGAGGAGGAGCAGGAGGGGGUGCCGGAUUGGCCGGACACUCCGUGCAAUGGCACGUCCGUGCCGGGGCGAUGGGUGGUGAAUGCGAAUGGGUCCCUCAGGUGGGCGUUCUACCAGUGCACGGCCCCCGAGAUCCCCCCAUCCGAGUGGAUAGGCGCUCUCAACGCCAGGGGCAUUCGGGAGAUGAGCAUCGUGGGCGACAGUCACCAGCGGUUCCUGGCGGCACAUCUGUACUACUUGCUCACGGCCCAGGCGGACCCAAACGUGCGGCGGUGGCAGGACAACCUCGUGUUUGAUGCGCGGGAUAGCAGUAACCGCACGCUGCGGAUUAAUUUCUAUUGGAUUGAUGGGAUUUACAAGAACGGCGAGUUUGGCUGCACUCACCGGGGCGUCACCACGAACCGAUCAGAGGAAUUCCCUGAGAUCUCCCCCACUGCUGACGUCACGCUCUUUGAGGGAGGCUACUGGGCAGCUUCCUUCUGCCGCCAGCCCCUCAAGGCCCUCCGAGUGCACCUCGAGGAGUUCGCCCGCUGGGCGCUUGCCGCCGCGCCCGCUAAAGGCAGGGUUAUUUUCCGAACUAUCCCGUCGUUUCCCGUGGCUGGGGACCGGUGUAACGCGUGGUACCCCGGGCCGAGUUCGAACCGGGUGGUUAUGGCGAUUAAUGUGCUGCUGAAGCAGAUAGUGCAAGGGGGAGGAGUGGGGGGAGAGGGGAGAGGAGUGGGGGGAGAGGGGAGUUUUGUUGAGGGUUUGAAGGCAUGGUGGCGAGGAGGGAUACGAGGGGGAGAUGGUGGUGGGGGAGGGAGGAGAAGCGGAGGAGGGAUUGAGAAGCUAGUGUAUCUUGAUCCGAGCUUGCAGGUGCUACCGCAGGACUCUGAGGAGGAGGGGGAAGGCGGGGAGAGAGCAGGAGUUGCAGCGGCUGGAGGAGCAGGAGCGGCAGCGGCAGCAGCAGCAGCAGCAGCAGCGGCGGCGGCGGCGGCGGCGGCAGCAGCAGCAGCAGCAGCAGCAGCAGCAGCAGCAGCAGCAGCAGCAGCAGCAGCAGCAGCAGCAGCAGCAGCAGCAGCAGCAGCAGCAGCAGCAGCAGCAGCAGCAGCAGCAGCAGCAGCAGUAGCAGCAGCAGCAGCAGCAGCCGCCUCCUCCUCCUGUCUCGGGUCUUCGGACCCUUGGUCUCCCCUCUCGCUCUCCUUCCUCCUCCCCCUCUCCUCCCAUCUCUGGUCCUCCGCUUCCUCCUCCUGA